UUUUCUGUCGUUAAGAUGGAGAACUGAAGCAAGAAUUCUCUUUCUUCAUUGUCUGGGAAAGGUAGAAACUUUAUGACCUCUACUUAAAUGAACUCGUCCGAAAGUUAAAUUCUUGGAUUCAUCAGUAACCUUGCUUGUCUAUAUUGAUCUUACUUUGAUAUAACCGUCAACCAUACAUGUCCUCAACAGUUUUUCUAAACUUAGUAUUCUCUCCAAUUACUAAGGUCCUAAACUAAGUAACUUGUCUUAAAAGGCCUAUCAAUUCAAUUCUUAGAAGUCUUUCCUGUUGAAAUUCAGAAUAGCAUGUCUAGUCCAGACUCCACUCCAGGCAUUGGACCUUUGCAUUGGGAUCCGCUACUGAUUGUCUCAGUAGGGAUAGUUUGUUUUAUCUUUCUGCUAUUCAGUUACUUCAAGAUUAUACAGACGCGUUGCUGUGGAUUUCUAUCUGUGCAUUUCUACAGAAAUCCAAUUCAAAGGCAUCAACUAAACGAUCAUAUUCUUGAAGAUCAUGAUUCACAGCUCCAAAGUCGUGGUUUAGACUCCUAUAUUAUGCAUUCACUACCAAUCACUCAGUUCAAGAAGAACGACGAACAAACUACCAGACCAAAUAACUCAGAUUGUGCAGUUUGCUUAGGUGAAUUUCAAGAAGGUGAAUGGCUGAAACACUUACCUUAUUGCUCUCAUGUCUUUCAUGUUGCAUGCAUUGACACUUGGUUUCAGAUUCAUUCAAGCUGCCCACUAUGCAGAUCAAAUGUGUUUAGUGUCAAAAUGCAGCAAGGACAUUCCAUUACUAUGAACACAUUACUGGAAACUCUGAGAAGGGAAGAUUUCAAUCGUGAACGAUCAGUUCACAACGAGGAUAUCCGGUCACAGAUAUUACAGAAUCAUUCUUUCUAGAGUUGUAGAAGGAAGUCCUGACUAGUGGUUUUUUCAUCUCCAAUUGUGUCUAACAAUUACUUGGUAUGUCUCUCAAUCACUACAAUGUAUGUACUAAGUGCUUCAGAGUUAGCUCUCUUCUGGUAGAGAGCUUCUUGAACAAGGAGGAUUUGGAUGGAUAUCAUACUGUUGGAUUAACAAAGACAAGCCCGCGUGC